AUGUCAACUCCGGUCCACCGCCUAACGCCACGGCCUGCCCACCUUCUCACGUCACUGGCGUGGUGGUGCGACAAGACCCCGCACCCGGAGCCAUGCAAAUACUACUUCAAGAAGAGCCCACGACCUCACAAGCCACCACCGAGAUUCCGGUCGGAGUUCCGGCGAAGACUGGUGGAGCUGGCACUGGACCACGCUGAGACCACACAGUCUCAAACCGUGAGGUUUGGGCCCAGCUGCACCAACAAGCGCAGCCGAGCCGCCUGGUCCGACUGCGUCAAGCUCUAUGACGACACCGUGGUUCAGCUCAACCGUACGCUUCGAGGGCUGGACUCAACCGCGCCAGCUGACGUCAGAUGUACGGACUUCGACGCGCAGACGUGGCUCAGCACGGCCCAGACGAAUAUCGACACGUGUCGGUUGGGUUCGGAGGAUCUGAACGUGUCGGACUUUGUCCUGCCGGCGAUUUCUAACAAGAACCUGUCGGAUUUGAUCAGUAAUUGUUUGGCGGUCAAUGGGGCCCUCAUGAAGCAACAUAGUAAUCGUACGACUGCUAAUUACAGAGAGCACUUCCCAAGCUGGAUAUCAAGACACGAGAGACGACUGCUCCUAUCGACAUCAAUGGCAAGAGCCAUGGCCAACCUCGUGGUGGCUCGUGACGGCUCGGGCCAUUUCCGGUCGAUACAGGCAGCGAUUAACGUGGCGGCUCGUAGACGGAGCAUGGCCAAGAGAUUCGUGAUUUAUAUAAAGAAAGGAGUUUACAGAGAGAACAUCGAAGUCGGUAACGACAACGACAACGUCAUGCUUGUCGGCGACGGAGCUCGAACCACCAUUGUCACCAGUGGUCGUAGUGUCAGAAAUGGCUACACUACCUAUAAUUCUGCUACCGGCGGCUUUGGAGGCCUCCGAGUGAUAGCCAAGGACAUGACGUUCAUCAACACGGCCGGACCACUGCGGGGCCAAGCCGUGGCGGUCCGAUCAUCAUCCGACCUGGCGGUCUUCUACCGAGUAGGCAUCCACGGAUACCAAGACACACUCUACAUCCACUCCCAACGCCAGUUCUUCAGGGAAUGUUACAUCUCAGGCACCAUAGACUUCAUCUUCGGGAACGCGGCAGUCGUCUUCCAGAACUGCAUGAUAUUGGUCCGACGUCCACUCAGAGGCCAAGCCAACGUGAUCACGGCCCAAGCCAGAGGCGACCCUUUUCAGAACACUGGCAUUACCAUCCACAGCUCGAGGAUAAUGGCGGCUUCAGACCUCAGGCCGGUGGUUCGAGCCUACAAGACCUACUUCGGACGUCCAUGGCAGGCUUAUUCCCGUGUCACCAUCUUGAAGAGUUACAUCGACAAUUGCAUCAGUCCCUUGGGCUGGUCUCCUUGGUUAAGGGGAUCAAAUUUUGCCCUCGAUACAGUUUUCUACGGAGAGUACAAGAAUUUCGGCCCGGGUUCUUCCACGAGGUGGAGAGUCCGGUGGAAAGGGUUUCACGACAUAACCAGCCCCGUUGUAGCCUCGAGGUUCACCGUCGGAAGCCUCAUAGCCGGUGGCUCGUGGCUGGCCGCCACCGGAGUUCCCUUCAAGUCAGGGCUCUGAGCAGUGUUUGUGUGUGCGUUUAUCCUUAUUUAUUUAUUACUGAUUGAUUGAUUUUUAUUGUUUUCCCGAGCUGUAUAAGACACAUGAUUAAUCUUUUAUACAAAUCAAUUUCACACUUA